AUGAGUGCCCAGAUUGGCCACAUUGUGCAGCUGCUGGACUCCACGCUCGAUCCGCAGCAGCACCGAAAGGCCGAGUCCGCGCUCCGGAAAGAAGAAGAGAAGCCGCAGUUCUGUCUCCUCCUUCUCCAGAUCACAAACUCGCAGCCGUUGCCCCUCAAAACUCGGCUUGCUGCCGCCCUUUGCUUCAAAAACUUCAUCAGGCGCAACUAUAUCGACGAGGAUGGCAACUACAAGUUACCAGACGAGGAUAUCAGCAUGAUCAAGAAGGAGCUCGUCGGCCUCAUGAUCUCGUCGCCGGCUAGCAUCCAGACGCAGCUCGGUGAGGCCAUUAGCAUCAUUGCAGACUCCGACUUCUGGGAGCGGUGGGAUACGCUGGUGGACGACCUUGUCAGCCGCCUCUCAGUUUCCGACGCCAAGGUUACAUUCGGCGUGCUUGAGGUUGCACACUCCAUAUUUGUGCGGUGGCGGCCGCUAUUCCGCUCCAACGAGCUCUUCACCGAGAUCAAUCAUGUCCUGUCGCGAUUUGGCGAACCCUUUAUGACAAUGCUCACCGUGGCCGACCAGCAGAUUGAGAGCAACAAGGGCAACGCCGAGGCGCUCAAGGGUUGGUUCGAGGUUCUCAGCCUGCUCAUACGGAUUCUCUACGACCUGUCAUGCCAGGACCUGCCGCCAGUCGUUGAGUCCAACAUGCAGCCCGUGACGGCGCUACUCCAAAAGUAUCUCUCGUACUCCAACCCGGUCCUUGCGGCAGAUGACGACGAUGAGGCCACCGCUGUAGAGAAUGUCAAGGCCGACAUUUGCGAGGUGCUGCAGCUGUACUCGACCAAGUACGACGACGAUUUUGGCCCCCACACGGAGCCGUUUAUCAACACUGUGUGGAACGUGCUGUCGACAACGGGGCCCGAGAAGCGCUACGAUAUCCUGGUUAGCAAGGCGCUGCAGUUCCUGACCGCCGUCGCAUCGUCUGCACGGCACGCUGCGAUCUUCAACUCCGAGGAGACGCUCGGCAAGAUUGUCGAGGCGGUCAUCCUCCCCAACGUGGCGCUGCGGGAGUCUGACAUUGAGAUGUUUGAAGACGAGCCCAUUGAGUUCAUCCGCCGCGAUCUCGAAGGCUCCGACACCGACUCCCGACGGCGGGCUGCCACAGACUUCUUGCGCAAGCUGCUCGAGAAGUACGAGAUGCUCGUCACACAGGUCGUCUUCCGGUACAUUGACCACUACCUGGAGCAGGGCAAGACAGACUGGAAGGCCAAGGAUACGGCAAUCUACCUCUUCUUGGCCAUUGCCGCCAAGGGUGCGGUGACAGCGGCACAGGGCGUCAAGACGGUCAACCAGUACGUUAAUGUGGUCGACUUCUUCCAGAAGAACGUGGCGGCGGAUCUGCUGAGCGGGUCGGACACGCAGCCGAUCGCCAAGGUCGAUGCUAUCAAGUAUCUGCAUAACUUUCGCAGCCAGUUGACCAAGGACCAGUGGCAGGCGGCCUUCCAGCCGCUCAUCCAGAACCUGGCAUCGGCAAACUACGUGGUGUACACCUAUGCGGCGAUUGCUGUGGAGCGUGUGCUGUUUCUGACAAACGACGAGGGCGUGCAUCUGUUCUCGCGGGAGGACAUCCAGCCAUUCGCCAAGGACCUGCUGAGCCACCUUUUCAGCCUGAUCGAGAAGGAUACAGCGCCUGCCAAGCUGCAAGAGAACGAGUUUCUGAUGCGGUGCAUUGUGCGCGUGCUGAUUGUUAUCAAGGAGGGCGUCGUCCCAAUUGUGGACGACAUUCUCACGCACCUCAUCAACAUCACCAAUGUGAUCAGGUCCAACCCGAGCAACCCCCGUUUCUACUAUUACCACUUCGAGGCCAUUGGCGCCCUUGUCCGGUACAGCUCGUCUGCCAUUGGCGACAAAUUGGAGGCCCGGUUAUGGGAGCCGUUCUCGUCCAUCCUUAAGGAGGACGUGUCUGAAUUCGUUCCAUAUGUUUUCCAAAUCUUCUCGGCUCUGCUUGAAACGAGCCCCAACCUGGCGUUACCGGAGCACUACAAGACGCUGAUUCCCGUCCUUCUGAAUGACACGAUCUGGGAGACGAGAGGCAACGUGCCUGCUUGUGCGCGGUUUCUGUCUGUGAUUCUGCCGAAGAUCAAGGACGCUAUUGUGGCUGAGAACCAGAUCCUGCCUCUUCUCGAGAUCUUCGGCCGGCUGUUUGCAAGCAAAAAGACGGAGCAGAACGCGCUCGACAUUCUCGAGAGUGUGGUCAUUUCCAUUCCGCCAGCAUCUCUCGACACGUACUUCAGCACCAUCCUGGGCAAGCUUUUCACCAAGCUGGACAAGGGCCUGACGGACUCGUUCAAGAUCCGGUUUGUGCGCUUCUACCACCUGGUGUCGGCCCGGGGCGUCGAGAACGGCUUGGGUGCCGACUACUUUGUGCAGCACGCGAACAAGGUGACAGCGGGUGUGGAUCUGUUCAAGCCGAUCUACCUCAACUUUGUGCUACCGACGACGGGCCAGUUCGCCCGCCCCGUGGACCGCAAGCUCGGCGUCAUCUCGUACACCAAGACGUUGUGCGACAGCACAAGCUUUGCCAACCUGUACGAGAAGGGCUGGGGCCUGACGUGCAACUACCUGCUUGACCUGCUCAAGAACCCCCCACAGGUGACGAGUGGCGUUGGCGACGACGUGAUUAACGAGGCCGAUGUUGACGACAUUGGCUUUGGUGUCGGCUACACGCCGCUCAACACAUGCAAGCGUGGCCCGCGCGACGAUUUCCCCGAGGUCGACAACGUGCAACAGUGGGUGGGUGCGUUCUUCAAAGAGGCCGACCGGCGCCACAACGGUGCGAUUGCGCAGUGCGUCGAGAAACGGCUGCAGCCCGAAGCCAAGGCCGCCCUCGCGCCGUAUCUGGCAUGA